AAUCGUAUCGAAUUUCUCAGACCGGCCUCAACCUCGCCGAGUCAACGACUCGCCAUAACAGACCCGAGCUGCACCGGAUCUGAUCUGGGGCCAAAUCGCAUCGUUGUACUACGUCUUCUUCCCCGAACGAGAGAGUGAAAAAAGAAGAACAGAAAACAGUAAGAUGGGCAAGAGCAGACUGCAGGACGCGAGAGCGCACUUGUGCUCUUGCCGGAAACUGCCUCCGCACCUCGAUUGAUUAAAACCGACCGAAAAAGAGGCAAGAGCGAAUUCUCAUUCCCUACCCCCGUCGUGAUUUCAAAACCCUAGAUCUCUCUCUCACUCUCUCUCUUCCUCUUCUUCGGAUGCGAUCUCCUUGGUCGUCGUCGUCGUCGUCCUCCUCCUCCUCCUCCUCCGCCCUAGGGUUUUGAUGCCUCCCAUGUCCCUCAGAUGGACGGGCACAACCCCUUCGUCCUCCGCACCCUGCUGAUCGCCGCGGGCGCCACCGCGAUUUGCUGCAUCUGCGCUCUCUGGGCCCUCCGAUCGCCCCGCGCGAAGCCCUCGCCGUCCAAAAAGUCGAGGAAGAAGCCCUGCGGCUGCACCUGCUCCUGCGCCCCCGCAUGCGGAGGGGAUCAGCCGUUGCCGCUGCCGCCGCCGACGGCGACGGCGGCGGCGGCGGCGGCGGUUCCGAACGGCGAGAUACCGUCGGCGGCCGCGGUUCCGAACGGCGAGAUGGCCGCCUCGGUGCGGCGGCCUCGGCGGGUGGCGGCGAUGGGGAGCUCGAUGGUGGAGCAGAUGGUGCCGGAGGUGAGGACCCAUGCCCUCAGCUACCUCGACUAUAGGAGCCUCUGUCGCCUCUCCAUGGCCAAUUCCGCCAUGAGGAGGGCGGCGAACGAUGACGGCGUGUGGAAGGCCCUCUAUCGUAAGGAUUUUACAGUUGAACAGGACAGUGUCACCCCUAGUAAUGGAUGGAAGGCAUAUUAUGCAGCUACCAGGGCCAUUGUUAGUGUAAAUGCAGAAUUCUAUAACAUCAUCAGGGAUAGUUCACUACGAGGAAUGAGAGAUUUUUGGCUUAAUGCAGACUAUGUUAAGUGUCUGCAUGCCUCAGGAGAACUGUUUACAGGGUACACGGCGGUUAUAGAUAGCUGGCGUGCAGCACUCAACUGGGGUCUAGGCGGGGGCCCAGGUGUUGCCUUCCAAAUUCGAGAGGUCCGAGCACGCGUCCUUAGUGAUAUUGCAUGGCUUACGAUGAAGGCCUAUGCCGAUAUUGAUUCGGAGCCCCUUCAUGUGACCAAUGUCUACGAGCUCCAUAACGGGAGGUGGUACAUGGUUCACCAUCACAGUUCAGUUAUGGCUUAAUGCUGCUGCCAUUUUCGUGAUUCAGCAAAAGCUUCUCUUUUUGAAAAAAGUUUCUCUUUCCUGGGCCGUAGAUUUGAAUUACUCCUUAUUCUCCUUUUUUUCCCAGUGUGAAAAGCCAUCUUUGUAUUCUCACUUGCUAGACUACUAAUAUACAUUCCCUCUCACUAUACUGUCCAAGGUAUAUUCUUUUAUCUGCUUGAUUUUAGCUUCUUAAAAUCCGAUUAUGUACCGUAUCUCCUGCAGAUUUUUUAUGGAUAUAUGUGGAUUUUGAUAAAACAGGGCCAGGGGAUGGAAAAUUGUGGUAAACCCCAUGACAUGUUCAUGCUUUCA